AAAAGAUGUCCAGCAAAGUGCCACUGUUUCGUACCUUCAAACGCAAUGGAUCUAGCGGGAAAAGACUGUUAUUCCUUUUCCCGUGGGCAGGAGGAAAUAUCAGCUGCUACGACGAAUUGUUUUCGUCUUUGAAGGGUCACGCCGAAGUGUGGCGGUUUUGUCUUCCGCGAAAAGAAAAUAACAGAUACCACUGUUUGACCCAAGCUGUCCACGACGCAGCCAAGGAGUUGAGAACUAAACUGUCAGACAAAGAAUUCAUCGUUUUUGGUCACAGUCUUCAGAGAGAAUAGAAUUGUUUAAAACCAUCGACACUCUGGCUACAGAUGAAGACUUCAGGGACUACUUGGAUAAACAAGGGUCUGGCAGAACAAAGAAGAUUACCCCCCGUUGACGUGUCCUCUUACCUUUUUCUACGGGAAGGACGAUGUGAAUCCGGACCUUGAAGCAUGGAGGAAACUCACCAGUGGAGCGUUUGAUGACCAAAAAAUGGAUGGCGGUCACUUUUUCCUUCUAGAGACGACAAAUUCCGCUUGUAUCAGAGAACACUUGAAAACAGCACUCAUGUCCAACGAGCAAAGCAGUUAGUUUGUUAUAAAAAAAUCAGAUAUUAUUACUAGAUCUAUUUACUAAAAUUGUUGCACUGCACAUGACAUGUAAAGGCUGGAGAACGAGGGGGCGUGUUACAAAUUUAAUGAUACAUGUAAUAAGUGUGAUGAUGUAAACAGCCUCCGGGGGAACAUACGUGUAUUGUGUAAUUUAUUAUAUAUAUAUAUUUAUGUAUAUGCAUGCAUAUCUCGCAUAAAAUUAGAAAUUAUGUUAAUUUAAAACUGAAAUUAAGCCUACAGCAAUCUCUUCAUUUAAAAAAAAUUCAUUUUUAAAAGCUUAUUCUGAACAUUCUUAAUCUCAAAACAUGUGCUUCCCUCACAUCGUGUUGGAAUCUCUGUUGGGGUGAGUCGUUGUUUGUUUCUGAUGUAAUCACAUUGUCACCUAGUAACUAUCUGUACUUCGUCAUUACGAAUUAAUGAUGAGUGCUACAUGUCAAUAUAGUAUGACUACAAUGUCACUUUGUCGAACCACUUACUUUUUAGUUGUUUUUUUCAGACGGAAUGCAGGAACCACACAUAGUGAACUUUUUGUAAUAGAAGAAACUUUAUGACCACACUUCUGCAGGAGUAUUUUGGUAUUGUACAGGUUUUUUAGCUUGAUUCUGCUGUUGUCCAACUAUUGUUUCGUUUCAGAAGUUAAGGUGUGUACGAGAUUUAUAUAUGCCGUUAGUGAGUCGUGUGCGUGUAGUCGACUGCAAACAUUUACAUUUAUUUAAUUUACACCCCAAUCAAAAAAAUGCUCGGAUUAAUUUUAUUUAGAACAAGGUCCGUUUCGUUCCUGCAGACAAAACCAACCGGGGUUGAGUGGGACACCGUAUUCCCGCGGGACAGAGCUAACUGAUAAUACAAAACAAGAGUUUUCUGAAAGUGGAUAUCUAAUUUAAGCCUAGAUUGCACAGGAAAAAAACCUGACAUCCAUUACAAACGCCAGUAUGUGUGUGGGUGGGUACACUACAUAGGGCGAUGGCAAAAUUAAAAUAUAAUGCGCCACAUACGAGAAGAAUAAAAAAA